GGGCUGGCUGUGCUCGCGACAGCCUGUCGAUCAUUGGAAGGUGUGCAGCGGAGAGAAGAGCCGUAUUCUGGACGUAGUCCGCUGGGUUAAACUGCGGGAACAUUUUUCAAACUAAACCUGCGGGGGGGUCGCGCGCGGCUACAACUUCAGGACCAGCGGCGGUUUAGGGUGCAGGGUCCAGCGUCCGGUCCACGGGAUGUCAAUGCGUUAAAUGACUUGUUUCCAGCGGCUGCAAGGGAUUGUCCUGGCCGGGGAGAUGAACCAUGGCCUGGCAAGUGUGGUCAAAACUGUGCUGUGGUCAGAAAGGGCUGCUCCUCCUCUCUCCACUCUUCCUCCUCUUCCUCACCAUCUCUGUGAUGACCAUGACUCUCCCCCUCGCACUUCCGCACACCGACGCUGACCGGCCGUCAUCACAAGCCCUGAGCUCAACUGGGGGGUUCAGACCUGGGCUCAGAGUCAUGGAGCCCCUCCCUCACAGGGCCUGGACAUCCAGCACUGGAAAAGAGACAUCCAAAGAUUCAGAGCCACCAAAACCUUCUGGGGACGCUGCUGGCGUUAACAAAAACAGCUUCAAAGAGAGAAGUCACAAAAAAUUACACAGAAACCAACCCGAAAACAAAGGCAUUGCUUCCAAGAGAAAAGAGAUGGCAGGCGCCAUCCAGCUUUCAACCAGUCAUCAGCAUGGCCGUCUCCCACGAUUUACAGUCAACAGAACCGGGACAAAGCAUAGAAUUAAGCCCAGCAACCACAGUGCUGUGGUGAAGCUUGCAGCACAGACCUUUAUUUAUCUUAAAAGGAGCAGAUCCAGCGCUGCACGUUUCCCUGCAACAGCAGAGAGCCUGAAGAGUGGCAGACCAGCUGCAGACAGACAGGAGGACAGACACACAAACACACAAAUACAUGGCAGCCAUAUAAGUGCACAGCUAGCUGUGGAAAAACACAGACAAGCAACAAAGCACUCAGAGAAAUUUGACAGAGUGGGUAAGGAGCAGAAGGCUGCGAACAAGCCCUCAAGGGACCUGAAAAAACGCCCUAAUCUCUCAGAGGAUCCCUCUGAAGCCAAAAGAAACCCUGGGUCAUUGGAGCGUAAGAAGGCUUUGGCCAGAGCCGGGGUCGCCGUGGAGACAGGGGACGGUGGCUGGUGUCGCAGCUUUAGAGAGCAGGACUUCCCAGACACUGACCACAGGAGGAUCAGGAUUAGUCUAGAUCUGCCGCCUCUGCCCUGGCUCAGCGAGGAUGACAUCCAGAAGAUGGAGCUCCUGGCUGGGGGAGAGGUGCUCGGUAAGGCAAGAGUGCCUGCGCACGGACAGGUGCUCCAGGUGGAGCUGGAUUCUCCAGCACCGCAGCAGCAGCCGUCAGGGCAGAGGGGGGGCCCUGAGCGUGCAGCUGGCCGCAGACAUCCAGGAGGCCUGGCUGAGCGCUGCCAGCAGGGCCACUGCUCCCUGAUUAAACGCCCUGACGACUGGUACGAGGUGUUAGCCUUCCACCUGGACAGGGUGCUGGGGCUCAACAGAAGUCUCCCUGCAGUGCUCCGAACCUUCCACAGCCCUGUUUUACCAUACCGAUACACCAGGGGCACGCCCCGGCCUGUAGUGUGGUGGGAUCCAGAUAUUCAGCACCUCGCUGACACAAACAACGACCAGAACUCGGUGGCACUCAGCUGGGCCCAGUACCAGAAGCUCCUGCAGGUCCACUGUGGGACGGAGGCAGAGCUGAGGUCAGCGCCCUGCGUGGGAGUUCAGCACUCAGAGUGGGGCAGACUGGCUCUCUUUGACUUCUUAUUACAGGUUAACGACCGGCUUGACAGGUACUGCUGUGGUUUCAGCCCGGAGCCCACUGAGCUGUGUGUGGAGAACCAGCUGCACGCCAAGUGUGGCAGCACCAAGGACCUGCUGCUGGUCCACAUCCUGGUGAGGAAGGCAGAUCCCUCCAGACUGGUGUUCAUAGACAACGCAGGCAGACCGCAGCAGUCCACCAACAACCUCAACUUCCAGCUGGUGGAGGGCAUCGAUGAGUUUCCAGAGAGAGCCGUGUCAGUGCUCCAGUCAGGCUGUCUACACAGUCUCCUUCUACGCUCCCUUUACACAGACAGAGAAUUCUGGGACAGUCGAGGCGGGGCCAGCGGCCUCAGGCCUCUCAUCCACACUGUAGAGCGCAGAGGCCAGAUUCUCCUCCAGCACAUCAGAGAUAGGAAGCUGCAGCUCAACAGGGACCUGUGACUGGGCCAACCAGGGUCCACACAUUAGUGGGGAAGGGGGGUUGAUAUUUCUGCAUCCAGAGAGCUGUGGAGUGAACAGCAGCCUAAAAAGUUGAAAUGGUUCAGGGGAGUAGAGCGGACAAGCUUGGAUAUCCUGCAGAAAACUUUUAUAUGAGUGACAGGAAGUACAUCAUCAGCAAUGACGAGUGACAGGAAAUACAAAUGUAUUACUACCUUUUAAAAGCCAACAGUGGUGAGAUUAUAUUUUAGGCCAUCCUGUCAGAAGUAAUAUUAUAAUUAAUAAUUAAAAUGUGUAUUACUUGAAGAGACAAAAGAUCAGAAAUGCUCCUUUAGUCUCUAAACCUGAGAGUUGGAGGCAAAGCUGGCAGGUUCGGCAUGACACUAUGUUAGCCGUUAGCUUAGCAGCCAGGCAGCAGCUGAGUUCUGUUAGCAGAGCAAAAAGUGUUGAGAUGCUAAAUGUGUGGUUGCUGACCAGCUGAUAUGUUUGUUGGUUAAUACUGGUUAGGGUUCGGUUUGAAAUGCCAUUCCCCGUUUUCCACUGUCAAAACUGUCAAUCAAACUUGAGUAUAAAGCCAGAAGGAAUGCCAGUAUAAUGUGUUGUAAUGACAGUAGUAGUGGUCGUAGGUUGUGAGCUGCUCAUUGCUACGUGUUACGUAUCCUAGCUGGAAUAGCUCAUUAGCUCUGUGUCAUAUCUGUCGAGCUGGACGGACUGCCAGUAGUAAAACCCAUUUGGUUCUGGUCCUAAAGACUCUUGCUCCUUAUAACAUAAUUCAAGUUUUAGCUGCAGGUAUUGCCAUAGUUUAAGUUAAGUUAUUAAUAAAAGAUUCUUAUAAUAAUCAAUAACAGAUUGUAGUCCAUUGGAGAAGUCUUCAUGCUGACCUAGACAGGGCAAGACCACAGUUAGUAUAAAGAAUAGAACCAAUCAGUCAUGGAGCUGGAGGUGAACAGUGUGUUUGUCCUGUCCUAAGUGUCCCAUUCAUGCACCAAAGGAAAUGUCCCUUAAGCUCUGUCUCUCAAUAUAUAUUUAUGUCUUUCAUUCAGUGUCUCGUCACAGACGGGAAAGGUGAGACAAAUUAUUCCCCCGCUCCUUCUCCGCCAUGUUCAGAUUUUUCCAAAUUUUCCAAGAAUUAAGUGGAAAAAAACAUUUAAAAUUUUAUUUUAAUAUUGUACAGAAAGCCAGCAGCUCAUCCACUAAUUGGUUUGCAUGUCUGUUUUUAUGUGAUAAGCUUUUCUGCUUUAAUCAAGGGAUUAAAAAUGUGUGCCAGCAAACAGCUUCUGGACCGAAAAUGGACCAUAUUCACAUUCACACAUGUACGUGAUUUUAAAAAUAUUUUUUCAAAGUGACUGUCCUUGCAAAUUGUUAAAAUGCACAGCAGUGUACAGUAGCAGAAGAUAAAAGAAAAGGGAUGCCUUACCCGCUCUGAAUUCAAAUUCCCCUUGUAGCUUUAUGGAUUUAUGCCAUUUCUAUGCUCCCACCAUCACUGAAUAAAUGGCUCUAAUGAGAAAUGG